AAAGCAGAUCAACCGGUUCUUCUUUGGAUUUUCCAACUCUUACAACCUAACGACUUUUUAACGUCUCUUUUAUUUUUUACCUAAUACCCAUACUUCAAAAUGGCUGGUGGUGACGCUAAGAAGGGUGCCAACCUCUUCAAGACCCGUUGUGCCCAGUGCCACACCGUCGAGGCCAACGGCGGCCACAAGAUCGGCCCUGCCCUGCACGGCCUCUUCGGCCGCAAGACCGGCUCCGCCGAGGGCUACUCCUACACCGACGCCAACAAGCAGGCCGGCAUCACCUGGGAGGAGAAGACCCUGUUCGAGUACCUCGAGAACCCCAAGAAGUACAUCCCCGGCACCAAGAUGGCCUUUGGCGGCCUGAAGAAGGAGAAGGACCGCAACGACCUGAUUGCCUACCUCAAGGACGCUACCAAAUAAACGAAGAAGGAAAACGAAGAGUAUGAAGAAAAGUAAUGACAAGACAUUUCGAUAGACGGGGUGCGGCGAUUGUACUAUAGACACAGACACAGCUUAGAAUAGUCGAAGCACCAUCACUGUGCUUGUACCAUUAAUACCCAACUCCGCUUUUUUUGGGCGACUCG